UGCUAAGUGAACUUAGUUGAGAAUGAAAAUGAAAGCAUAUAUAUUUUCAUGCAAUACAAUUUUCAAAAUUAACAAUAAAUCUCAAAACUAGUGUUUAUUUGUUCAAGUGAAUUACACAGACAAAAAAUUGCAAAAUGGCUGCAAAUUUCAGUGGAUCACUUACACAAGACUCUGAUGAAGUAACAGAAAUGUUUUGUGAGGCAUGUGAGAGACAUGAUGAUGGUUAUGCAACAGCUGUAGCUUUUUGUGUAGAAUGUCAGGAUUAUAUAUGUGUGAUAUGUCAAAGAUAUCAUAAGAGACAAUUUAAAACGCACAAAAUCCAAGACAGUAAAAGUAUGCCACAGGAUUUUUAUUUUGAGAAAUGUUCAACUCAUCCUGGAAAGCUGAUCAAGUUUUACUGUUCUCAAUGCAACAAAGAAGCCUGUCAGGAAUGCAAGAAUAAUGACCAUAAAAACUGCAGUGAUGUUAACCAUUUACCAACACUAGCUUCAGACAUACAAAAAAGUGAUGAACUAACAAACUUUAGCAAAAAUAUGGAUCAAUUGUCUAAGGAUAUAAAAGACACAGAAAAGUUGUUGGAUGCCAAAAGUGAAGUGAUUAAGAAACAAGAGGAAAAUGCAACUUUUGCAUGUAAAGAGCAAAGCAACAAGCUGAUAGCAACUUACAAGCAACAUCAUCAAGAUCUCAUUGAUGAUUUUGAUAAGAAAAUGGAAGACACCAUUGCUAAGUUGAAGAAAGAAAGGUCAAAACUAAUUCAAAUGUCUUCUGAAAAGGGAAGAAAGUUUGAAGAAAAAGUAGGAAAAGCUGAAUCAAAUAUGAAAGAAGAGGUUGUUAAGACAAACACUGAUUUCAAAAAAGUCAAGUCUGAACAUUUGAAUUUGGUUGGAAAUUUGAAGGCUCUUACUGUAGAUUUAGAACAGGCUCGGAAAUUUGGUAAAAACUGUGAACUAUUUAUAAAAUGGAAGUUAGCGAAACAAAUGUGUGAACACAUUCAAGUCACGACUUACCAAAUUCAACAUUACUCCAUACAGCGAUACAAACUCAACAUAUUUGACAUUCCAUUAAAUGUAAAAUCUUUAGAGAAUCAAACAAGGUUUUUCUCAUUAGAUAAAGUACAUGCAUCAGCUGAAGAGAGAAAGAUUUCCUUUAAUUUUGAUAUCAGUCACGAGUUUGACAGUAUAACUUCUUUACUUGUCUUAUCUGAACAUACACUUCUUGCAUUAGAUUAUAAUAGGUGUUGUCUUGUCAUAUUUAGGCUUGAAAAAUCAAAAGAAGAAUAUAUCAAAGAAAGAAAAUUCAACAGCAAACCAUGGGGAAUAACAAAAGUUUCACAUCAUAAAGUUGCUGUCACAUUUACAGAUGAAAGAAUGAUCAGACUGAUUACAUUUGCGCAAGAUAUGGAAGUUUUAGAUAUCACUGAGAUACCAGGAAAUGGUUGUUGUAGUGGUAUUGCUUACAGUAAUAACCAUUUUGUGGUUUCAUAUUGGUUGACAGGUAGUAUUAAGAUUUCUAGUAUAUCAGGUAGAAUAGUGAAAUCAUUUGAUAAAGAUGACAAUGGUCAGAAUCGGUUUACCUAUCCUGUUUAUUUGACUAUUAGUCCUGACAAUUCUAUGAUUUAUGUCUCUGACUGGAGCAGAAACACUGUGACCUGUUUGACUUAUGCUGGUGAGGUGAACGCAAUCUACAAAGAUGAUCAACUGAAAAAUCCUCAACAACUUGCUGUUGAUGAAUAUGGAUCACUAUAUGUGUGUGGUCGUGAAUCAAAUAAUAUUCUUCAAUUAUCACAUGAUCUCUCCAAAAUAAAGAUAUUGAUAGAUAAAAGACAUGGCAUCAUAAGACCAACAAGUAUUGCUUAUUGCCAAAAUACCAAGAGAUUAUUUGUUGGAAUGAAUCAAAAUAGUAAAAUAAAGGUUUUUUUAAUGUGACACUUUAAUAAAAUAUUACAUCACAUUCACAGUCACAUUUACAAUAACAACAAUUUCUCUCUUUAAUUUAAUUAUAUAUUCUUACCCUUCAAAAAACAUUCAAGGUAAAUGCUUUUAACCACUACCAGAAAAGUUAUAUAAGUAUCUGUGUGGGCGAGAGAAUGUCCAUCAGUAAUAAAGUGAACUCACAAAAUUGAUAAUCUUCAUAGUUAUAUAAGCCAUGUAAAACAACAAGAACUGAAUAGUUGCAGAUUAACAAUACAUUGUGGGAAUGUAUGACAGUAUAAGUGUCUAAUGUGCCAUGAGAAUAAAAAUGUAACUCUUACACAAAGACUUCAGAUUCAAAGUAGUUGAAUAGGCUCCUUAUAACCAUAACAACUUGAUAUUGCAUGAACAUUAAUAUGGCACAUUGGAAUCUUGAAAUAACAUGUUAAUGCAUAUAUUCAUUAACAUCAAGACUUUUAACCUGUUGUAUGAUGUACAAUAAUUAUGCCUAUACUUUACUGUAUAAAGUGAUUUAAAAUACAAUAAUGAAAAAGUAUGCCUGAUUUUUAUACACAAAAUUGUACAUGAAAUGAGCUGUAUAUAUUUCCUGCUAUUACAGUUGAUUUCUUUCAUUUUUGUUUUAAAUAGUUAACACUUUUUGCCAAGUUAGUGACAUACCAAAAUUAAAUACCUAUAUUAUUGUACAUGUUGUAUGAAUAAAUAAAAUUGAGAUCUAGUCAUGAUGUGUCACUUGUUACUAUCUGAUAGUCCUACACUUAGUAAAUGUAAUGUAAUAUUACCAUUCAACACUGUAUACAUGACAUUCCUUAUUUUAUAAAAUCUACGAGGUAUGAUCAAAAGAUUCUUGGCCCGAUAUACUUGUAGCCUCUACA